UUAGCCCCCGAAGCUGUAUCAGUAUCCAUUCAAUGGUGGGGCUGUCAACUAGCGCCACUAAAAAUGGCUUCAGUGAAGCCAAAAAGGCUAUGAAAUAGCAUUUCAUAGCAUGGAUUCGCUUGGCAUUUCGCACCUUAGCCUCGAGGAGCAACCCCAGCCACUUUCUCACCCGUUAGAUCAUGGUGAAAUGGGCCAAAAUGUCGAGAUUUGUGGGGAAGGAGAAACUAAACAUGGCGGCCGUUGGAGAUCAUCAGAGUCCCAGGAAUCUGGGUAUAUGAGUGAAAGCGAACAAGAAUCUCAAGAUAUAUCGUCGAGUGAUACACAAGAUGGUUAUUAUUCAGACUACGGCUCGCAAGAUAUGCCAAUGGAAGCCGUGAAUAUCGCAACAGAGGGCCCGGGAGAGAGCUAUUGCGUCGACAUACGAAACAAAGGGAAUCUUGUGGUGACACUUGGGGAUGACGGAGCGCACACUUCCAAUAGGCAGUUGGCCUUGCCUUCGAAGCGUCGUAAUACAGAUGCUGGUCACGGGGAAAGCAAGAUUCCGAGACUACACAAAAAAAAUUCCAAUCAAAUCGUGGGCGCGACUUCCAAGAAACAGAAAUCUAUUCCACAAUACUUUCGCAAACAGAAGAGACGUGAGGUGGUGGGCUACAAAAGAGGUGAUGAAUUAGAUAAAAAGAUUCUCUCAAAAAAUACAUACAUCGACAUUAAAGAGAACUCGGGUUCCAUUCAAAUUUCCAAUGACGCAAGCAAAGAAGAUCUUGAAGAUUGCGUGACAGACGGAAGGUCGCGUAACACAUACCACAUCAACAUAAUGAACUCGUCGGGGAAUAUGGCGAUAGGAGACAAUGCAAAGUGCGAACAUAACUUUGUCACAGGAGAGUGUGUGACAGCAGAUGGAUUACAUCCAAAUGUGGUAGUAUCCCCAACAGCACCCCUAGUGGUGCGAGCUGGCAAAUCAGUGGCCAAAAGAACACAACUGAUUUACAAACUGACUGGAGACAUUUACCCAUUACGUGAAAACGGAAAAUGGGACUUGUUUUAUCAAUGUGUUAAUCAAGGGAUUAAGAUCGCUCGGGAUGCUGGGCAAAAAGGUGUUCAAAUAUUUUUAAUGAUUGAGAAAAGCAUUGGGCUGAGUUACCAGAAAAAGAAUGAAGAGUCUCUCAAGCUUCUUAACAAGGCUAACAAAGAGAUCUCAGAACAUGCCCUGGAAAUGCGAGAAUUCCUGCUUGCACUUUCUCACAGUCAACUUGCUGCUCUUUACCGAAGAGAAAAAAAGAAAUUGAAAACUUAUGAUGCAUUAGCAAAAGCACAACAGAAUGCAGAAAUGGUUCCUUCUUUUUUGGUCAAAGGAUUUACUGCAUAUGAGAGAGCAAGCACGCUAUCACUAGAACUUUCACUGGUUUCUAUUUCAGAACCGGACAGAGAUGAGCUAAAAAAAGAAGCCAAGGAUGCCUUGAGGCUGACUAUAUCAUUCUGUGAAGAAAUGCUCCAACAGAAUCCUGGAUUAUAUCUUAGAAAACAAAUUUUUGCACUGUUGAAACUUGCACUUCUUGAUCUCAACUGUCGCACCUCAGCGGCUCGCAGUCAGCCUGUCAGUGAGAGAGAUGUCAAUGAAGCAGAGGAUUGCAUCAAACACACAGAGCAGAAAUACAGUCAACAUCUUAAUAAUUCUCUAAAAAUCCAACUUUACACAGCACAAUGUGACCUGUGUUUCCGUAAGGCCCAAGUACAAUGCCAGGAAAACCAGACAGAUAAUGGUCACAAGCAGUUGGAGAUUGAGCUGUACCAGCAAGCAAUGGUGUAUGGGGAAAUGGCAUUAAAGAUGGCGCAGAAGAUAAACUUCCCCAUAGAUAUCCAAGCAUUACAGGAGAGGCUGUCUGAGCUCAGAGUUCUGAGUGGAGAUGCAACUUGUUCCAGGAUAACUGAACUCUGAACUCCCACUUCCCAAAAUGCUCAAAAGAGUCUUAAGGACUGCUGUUUCCAUGCAUUUUGGGAAGUAAUUGUACAGAUAUUCUCAAGAGAGAAUUGAUCCUUUUGUGGUGGUGUACAUGUGAUGAUAAAAAGGAAACCAAUACACCUGCAUAUAUAGAUGUGACAUAACCUUAAUAUGAUAACCUUGGUUAUCCUUUAAUUAGUAAACGAACUUUCCAUAAUAAACCAACAACAACUUGACAGGCCGUUCGCCUGGGAACAUGUGAGUCACCUGAGCCUACACUAUUUACAGGGGUCUACUUCCUGACACAGGUAUCCCGGUCAGUAUAUGACACUUAAAAUUCAGCAAGUUAGUAAUAGGUUAAUUACCGAGAUCAGAGGCAAUAAGCGAUAUACAUCCCGAGGCCGUAGGCCGAAGGCUCGAGGUAAUUAACUGACUUAUUACAGAUUGACAAAGGUUUCCACGCAAAAAUGUUUUUCAGAAUCUUUAUCUUUGAAAUUGAACCCUGAUUGAACGAAGAGUGGUGUGGAGGAUUCAAGCGGCAUUAGCACAUAUAUCGAAAAGUUAUUUCUGCAAUUUCUACGGCAAUCAAAAAGGAAAACUAUUAACGAUCAACCACAUCGGUAUGUGCUAAAUAGUCACGAAAACUAUUUCAUCCUUGAAAAGAAAGGCCUUCGCGGUCAUUUAUGAGAUUUCACAAGCGUUUGAAUGAGAUUUGUUGCACCCUUUAUUUUGCAUAACACUCGAAUUUUUCUGAGAUGGAGAGCGACGAAGGCAUGUCCUAACUGACAGAGAAUACGUUUUCGCAAGCCGAACAGAUUCUUCCGGAUUUCGAUCUUGUCAGAACGAUCCUUGCAACAACAAGCCGUUAUAUUACAAUUCUAAGUGAAGAAGAAGUUGAGAAGAGAAAGCACGACAGGAUUCCGGAGAACACGAAAACCAACACGGUGUGGGCUGUUCGUACCUGACAAGAGUGGGCAGAAGAGAGGGAUUAGAACCAGAGCUGUAGCAGGAUCGUAUAGUUUCGAUAGUACGUGUUCGAUUGUAGGGUUGAUAAAGUAAUGAGAGAGGAUGUUUGUAAGGUUGAUAAAGUCAUAAAGAGCGAGAGCGAAAGUGGCAAUAAACCCCUAAAAAAACAGG